AUUGCGUGCACGUCCCGGUCCCUGCCGCUGUCCUGGCCCUGGAACCUGCUCUGCACCAGCCCUCUGCCUGCUGGGCCAAUGCAGCUGCUGGAGCUCCUCAGCCUCCUCUGGAUGCUCAAGGCCUCCCCAGGGGCCACAGGAACUGUAUCUACGGCCACAUCCAUCUCUCACAUACGUUUCCCCAGGGCGGAAGCAGUCCGCGCUGUGCUCAGCAAUUCUCCACACUCCAGAGACCCGGCUGGGCGGCCACUCGGUGUCCCCCAGCUCGCCUCGCCUGCUCCUGGCCACAGGGAAAAUGAACCUAUGAUGCUCGUUACCUCUCCCCAUGACACACUCAUCUCUGAAACACUGCUCACCUCUCCAGUCAGUUCCAACACCUCAACCACCCCGAUGUCCAAGUUUGCUUUCAGGGUUGAAACCACUCCACCCACUGUAUUGGUCUAUUCGGCCACCACUGAGUGCGUGUAUCCAACGAGCUUUACAAUCACCAUCUCCCACCCCACCUCCAUCUGUGUGACCACGACACAGGUGGCCUUCACCAGCUCUUACACCCCCACUCCCGUGACACAGAAGCCAGUGACCACUGUCACCAGGACUUACCCUAUGACCACUACCGAGAAAGGAACAUCAGCCAUGACAUCUCCCUCUACCACCACUGCAAGGGAAACUCCCAUAGUGACAGUGACACCCUCCUCCUCUGUGUCAGCCACAGACACAACCUUCCACACUACGGUCUUCUCUACAAUUAGAACCACAGAAAGGAUUCCCUGGCCCACUGGAAGUGUCCAUACGACCAAGUCCCCAGCCCCAGUAUUUACUACUCUCAAAACAGCAGUGACUUCCACUUUCCACAUCACUUCUUCAGUCACUUCCACAGAUACAGUGACUUCUAUGACAAAGACCACCUCCCGGCCCACAGCCACUAAUACACUGUCAUCACCCAUCAGUACCAUGUUAUCUUCCACACCUGUCCUGAGCACAGAAAAAAUCACCGGCGGUAUCACAAACACCACUUCUCUAUCUACCUUGGUGACCACACUCCCCACUACCAUCACCAGGUCUACACCUACAUCUGAGCCCACCUACCCUACUUCUCCCACCAACACUGUGAUAGACUCUACAACCAAAAUCACCUGCUCCACAAGUAUGACAGGUACAUUGUCCAUGGAGACUUCUCUCCCACCCACCUCUUCCUCUCUCCCAACCACAGAAACAGCCACAACUCCUAUGACAAACUUGGUAAUCACCACCCCUGAGAUCACCUCCCACAGUACUCCCACCUUCUCUUCUUCAGUCAUCUACUCUACAGUCAGCACAUCCACAACUGCCAUCUCCUCACUUCCCCCUACCUCAGGUACCAUAGUGACUUCCACAACCAUGACCCCAUCUUCUCGGAGUACAGAUAUCCCUUCGACAACACCAACAAUUAUCACCCACCCUUCUGUGGGCUCUACUGGCUUCCCGACUACAGGAACAGACCUCACAUCAACAUUCACUGUUUCCAGUUCCUCAGCAAUGUCGACAAGUGUCAUUCCAUCUUCCCCCAGCAUCCAGAAUACAGAAACCUCAUCCCUUGUCAGCAUGACCUCUGCCACCACUCCCAGUGGGACACCAACAUUUGCAAGUACACACAGCGCUCCAACAAGUUCCCUCCUGACAACCUUCUCAAGUACAUAUUCAUUUUCCUCUUCCAUGUUUGCCAGCAGUGCCGGGACCAGUCACACAGAGAAUAACUCCUCACCUCCAGCCAGCAACAGUACACUCCACACAACAGGUGAAUCCACCCUAUCACCCACUGCCACCACCUCAUUUACAAUUUCCACAACUAUGGAACCACCUUCAACCACUGUAGCAACUACAGGAACAAGUCAGACCACUUUCCGCAGCUCUAGAGCCACAUUCCCCGAGGCCAUCACACUGACUCCUACAACUGACAAGUCCACCGAAUCUCUCACAACAGCUGUGACUUCUCCUCCCAUUACUUCAUCAGUCACUUCCACAAAUACAGUGACUUCUGUGACAACUACAACCUCUCCUCUCACAACCACAAAUUAUUUUACAUCACUGACUAGUAUGACUCUGUCUUCCACACCUGUCCCAAGCACAGAAGCAAUCACCAGUGGCACCACAAACACAAUCCCUCCAUCUAUCUUGGUGACCACACUCCCCACUACAAAUGUCUCAUCUAUGACUACAUCUGAGACCACCUAUCCUAAUUCUCCGAGUGGCCCUGGUACAAACUCCACGACUGAAAUCACCUAUCCCACCACUAUGACAGAGACAUCAUCCACUGCCACCUCUAUUCCACCCACUUCUCCCUUGGUCUCAACCGCAGAAACAGCCAAAAGUCCUACCACAAACUUGGUAACCACCACCACCACCAAGACCACCUCACAUAGUACCUCCAGCUUCACUUCUUCAAGCAUCUACUCCACAGCCAGCAGAUACACAACUGCCAUCACCUCAGUUCCCACAACCUUGCGUAAUAUAAUGACUUCUACAUCCAUGAUCCCAUCUACUCUGAGUACAGGUAUCCCUACCACACAACCAACAACCAUCACUCCCUCAUCUGUGGGCCUCACUAGUUCAUUACCUAUGAUGACAGACCUCACCUCAGUGUACACAGUCUCCAGCAUGUCUGCAAGACCAAGAACUCUCAUUCCCUCAUCUCCCACUGUCCAGAAUACAGAAACCUCAUCCUUUGUCAGCAUGACCUCUGCCACCACUCCCAGUGGGAAGUCAAAUUUUGCCAGUACACACAGCACUCGGACAAGGUCCCACGUGACAACCUUCUCUGGGACAUAUUCAUUGUUGUCUUCCAUGCCUGCCAGCAGUGCUUGGACCACUCACACAGAGAGUAUCUCUUCACCUCCAGCCAUAACCACUGCACUCCACACAACGGCUGAAUCCACCCCAUCACCCACUACCACCACCUCAUUCACCACAUCCACACUGAUGGAACCACCUUCAACCACUGUAGCAACUACAGGCACAGGUCAGACCACCUUCCCCAGCUCUACAGCCACAUUCCCUGAGACCACUACACUGAUUCCUAUAAUUAACAUUUCUACAGAAUCUCUAACAACAGCCAUGACUUCUCCUCCCCCCAUCAGUUCUUCAAUCACUCCCACCAAUACAGUGACUUCUAUGACAACUAGGACCUCUUGGCCCACAGCCACUAAUACGUUGUCAUCACUCACCAGUAGCAUUUUAUCUUCUCCAUCUGCCACAAGCACAGAAAUGAUCACCAGUCGUAACACCACCACCACCCCUCUAUCCACCUUGUUGACUACUUUCCCCAACACCACCCCCGAUACCACCUCCCACAGUACCCGCAGCUUCACUUCUUCAGCCAUUUACUCCACAGCCAGCACAUCCACAACUGCCAUCUCCUCAGCUUCCCCUACCUCAGGUACCAUAGUGACUUCCACAACCAUGACCCCAUCUUCUCUGACUACAGACAUCCCUUCGACAAUACCAACAACUAUCACCCACCCUUCUGUGGGCUCUACUGGCUUCUCGACUACAGAAACAGACCUCACAUCAACAUUCACUGGUUCCAGUUCCUCAGCAAUGUCCACAAGUGUCAUUCGAUCUUCCCCCAGCAUCCAGAACACAGAAACCUCAUCCCUUAUCAGCAUGACCUCUGUCACCACUCCCAGCGAGAGACCAACUCUCACAAGAACUGACAGCACUCUGAUAAGUUCCCUCCUGACGAGCUUCCCAAGUACAUAUUCAUUUUCCUCUUCCAUGUCUACCAGCAGUGCCGGGACCACUCACACAGAGACUACUUCCUCACCUCCAGCCAGCACAAGUACACCCCACACAACAGCUGGAUCCACCGUGUCACCCGCUAGCGCCACCUCACUCACCACAUCCAUAACGAUGGAACCACCUUCAAUCACUGCAGCAACUGCAGGCACUGGCCAGACCACCUUCCCCAGCUCUACAGCCACAUUCCCUGAGACCACCACACUGAUUGCUACAACUGACAAGUGCACAGAAUCUCUCACAACAGCUGUGACUACUCCUCCCAUUACUUCAUCAGUCACUUCUACAAAUACAGUGACUUCUGUGACAACUACAACCUCUCCUAUCACAACCACAAAUUAUUUUACAUCACUGACUAGUAUGACUCUGUCAUCUACACCUGUCCCAAGCACAGAAGCAAUCACUAGUGGCACCACAAACACAAUCCCUGCAUCUAUCUUGGUGACCACACUCCCCACUACAAAUGUCUCAUCUAUGACUACAUCUGAGACCACCUAUCCUAAUUCUCCGAGUGGCACUGGUACAAACUCCACGACUGAAAUCACCUAUCCCACCACUGUGACAGAGACAUCAUCCACUGCCACCUCUAUUCCACCCACUUCUCCCUUGGUCUCAACCGCAGAAACAGCCAAAAGUCCUACCACAAACUUGGUAACCACCACCACCACCACCAAGACCACCUCACAUAGUACCUCCAGCUUCACUUCUUCAAGCAUCUACUCCACAGCCAGCAGAUACACAACUGCCAUCACCUCGGUUCCCACAACCUUGGGUACCAUGAUGACUUCUACAUCCAUGAUCCCAUCUACUCUGAGUACAGAAUACAGAAACCUUAUCUUUUGUCAGCAUGACCUCUGCCACCACUCCCAGUGGGAGGCCAACUUUUGCCAGUACACACAGCACCCCGACAAGUACCCGCAGCUUCACUUCUUCAGCCAUUUACUCCACAGCCAGCACAUCCACAACUGCCAUCUCCUCAGCUUCCCUUACCUCAGGUACCAUAGUGACUUCCACAACCAUGACCCCAUCUUCUCUGACUACAGACAUCCCUUCGACAAUACCAACAACUAUCACCCACCCUUCUGUGGGCUCUACUGGCUUCUCGACUACAGAAACAGACCUCACAUCAACAUUCACUGGUUCCAGUUCCUCAGCAAUGUCCACAACUGUGACUUCUCCUCCCAUUACUUCAUCAGUCACUUCCACAAAUACAGUGACUUCUGUGACAACUACAACCUCUCCUCUCACAACCACAAAUUAUUUUACAUCACUGACUACCAGCAGAUACACAACUGCCAUCACCUCAGUUCCCACAACCUUGGGUACCAUGAGGACUUCUACAUCCAUGAUCCCAUCUACUCUGAGUACAGGUAUCCCUACCUCACAACCAACAACCAUCACUCCCUCAUCUGUGGCCACCACUAG